GGACGAGUAACAAGGGUAGAGAGAGAAAGAGGAACAGAAAGUGAAGACUUGUCAAGAUGUCUGGGUGAGGGGGACCAGAACAGAGCAGAUGCCAAAACAGAAAACAGCAGAAGUCUGAGCAGCUGACUGGAUUAGACAUGAGAGGAGACCUGACCUGCCACUUCACAAGUGCCUGUGGGGACAUGCCCAAAUUGAACCACCUCUUUGCAACUGGAUUAAACUAAACCGGAAGCCAAAGAGCAAGAGGACGAGAGACGGCUCGAGAAGACAAAGAGCAAGAGGACAAUAAGUGGAAUGUCGAGUGGCAUAAACACACUUGGCUCAAGUGCAGAUUUUGGCUUUUCCCUGGAGAUCAGAAUCUUCACAACUGAGAGAUUUCAAAGAAAACCUUCUCAUAAACAAGUGAGCUUUUGGUCUUUUGGAUUUGUUUAAAAAAAUGCUCUGGUGCAUCCACAAAUUCAGCUUCCAGUGUAAACAGCACAAGCCUAUGCAUUUAGACAAGCCUCAUCAGAUAGUACUCAGGAUGACUAUCUAAAUGCAGAUCUCCAUGAAUAGAAGACAAGCACAUGAAAGUCAAGUCACCAGAAAUAUUUGACCUGACAGCUGUUGGAUUGGUGUUUUGUUGAACACAGAGUAAAACUUCACAUCUUAGAACUUUAAAAGUGGAGUCACAUUACAUAAAAGAUCUUUUCAACUCAAAUUAAAAACUUAUCUUAAUUAUUUUGGUGUCUCCAGCAGCCUGCUACGCACAUUUACUGCCCCAUAAACUUCACAACUCUCUAAAGGAUUUAUUAAAACUUUAAAACUGCCACACCAACUCAAUUAGAAAAGGAGUCACAGCUCCCUAUCCCAAAGCCAUGGAUGGGAAAACAGACAGCAUCCAGGAUUUUUUCAACCAAAUCUGGAGCUUUGCUACAGAGAAACACAACCAGGGGGUCUACAACACAGCCUGUCUGGUGGUCCUCCUAACUCUUCCCCUGCUGGUUCUCCUUACUACCCUGGUGGUGUGCUGCCACUGCUGCUGCUGUCGUCAUGCCAACAGCUGCUGUUGCUGCUGCUGCUGCUGCAGAGACGCCAUGGCAACCACAAGGUCGGAGACGAAGAAGAAAAAGAAUUCGGCCAAUACGGAAGACUUGUGGAUCUCUGUCAAGCCGGGGCCGAUGACACCUGACAGGGUUGCCCUGGCUAUGGUGUAGGAAUGGAUUUUUUAUUUUGGGAUUGCUUAUACUGGGCCAGCUGUUGAAGUGGAGCUGAUGGAGCGCCUCAAAAGUGCAAAACUCAAACUAUCUUCGACUCCAAGGAGGCUGAAGACAUUGCUUAAUCUAAUGAGGAGGACUUCACAUUGAAAUGGUCACAGAUUUGGUUGAAUAUUGUAAAGUGUACAAAUUUUUGUCAGUUUUUAUUCAUAUGAUGUCGUAUGUGGAGAUUUGAUUACAUUGUUUACAGCUUUUGGUAUGCGCUUUUUGGUGUGUUGUACAUAAAGCAAGAAAUAUCCAAACAGGAGCAUAUAUAUAUAUAUAUAUAUAUAUAUAUAUAUAUAUAAAUGUGUGUAUACUUGCAAAUGUGUGUCAAAUGUGUGUGUGAGUGGGUGAGAGAGUGUGUGAGUGUGUGAGACAUACAGAAGUACACUGUUAUUGAGAGCACUUUGUUCUUAGAGCUCCCAUAUAAAAUUCAUUGCCUCUGUAUCUGGGAGAGAGAGCCAAUUUGAUGUCUGCACAGUGUUCAGAUGGCUGUAUUACUGCCUACUCACAUUCGGGCUGCAGUGUAGAGUGCUGAUUUACUCUCACUUUCACAGGAAAAUGCACUGACAUCUAAAAGGUUAAACUCAUAGGAUGCAGAAGAAAACAAUUAUAACUUCUUUCAUUUUGAUUUCCCGUUCUUGCUUUAUUUGAUACAAUUUAGCCCACAGGAGAGGCACUUAUCCUACUUUUUGGUUUUUAAGAGUGUUCUGGUGUUCAGGUCAAGUCACCCUUAAAGGCACAAUUCAUAAUCAGAAGGUAAGGGAACCCCCCUAAAAAGCAAAAAAUACAACUAGAAUCUGUGGUCCUUCCUAAAUUGGUAGACAGAUUUUUCAGUGCACUGGUUAACCCUAGGAAACAGCUUUGUCUAUAUCAAAGUCAGUAGCUUUUUUCUGGGCCUGUAUUUAUUGACCUUUUGGACUUAAGUGAAAUAUAAAAGUAAAAAGUUCUUCAUAUUUACUUCUAUAAGAAAACAAUUAACAUUUAAUAGAGCUCUCUGAAGUUUAGCCUACUACUUGCGUUUGAUUUAAUAGGAGUUAAUAGAAUGUUACACCUCUUUUCGUGUUUAUAUUUUUUGCGCUUAUCAAGCGCAAACAACACAACUUAAGCUGACUUAAUUAUGUUUGCAGUCACUGUCCAUGCAUAUUCAUUGUGUGCACUUGUCAAUGGGAUAAUGAAUUAUCCAUAUGAUUUCUCUGAUGUAUACCACAGCCACACAAUUUCUUUCCUGCUCCAGUUUCCAUUGGUUUCCAUGAAUGUAAAUAAAACUUUAAAAUCUAUGUCUUUAACAAAGGAUGAACAAUGUGACAAAUGAUUGUAUUUGUCGCUUUGUUCAUUGUUGCUAAUCAUCUGAUCAUCUUAAAGUUUAGUUUUACAGGAGGACGCUGCCUGAUGAAAGUGUCUUAUUACUCUAAAUUGUCUUUUUGGAACAUUGCGAAGUGUAAUUCUUAGAAGUUUGAUAAAUACUGGUCCAGGUUUAUUUGCAUUAAUAACAUUUGUAAACACAGCAGCAUUAUAAUUACAUUCAGCUGAGAAACAAACACAAUGGUAAUUUAUUCCAUCUGUAAGUCAAACUCUUCAAUUAUGCAUGUGAAUAUACCUCAAAGUUAUGCAGUAAGAAAGAAGAGAUUUAAAGAGUAUUCAAAGCAAAUUUAACUUAACAUAUUUUUAAAAUAUUCAAGAAGAGGAGAAACCCUGAAAUAAUCAAAUGAUUUGGGCUUUGACUGGAUUGCGCCUGAAGGCUAAUUUUAUAUUUUAAGUGUAUGACAUCUCAAAGCCCAAUUAAGCAGAGGCGUCUCAGCAGUAUCAUCAUCUUUAUGCAUUAGUUUACACUGGCACUAAGUUGAUCUUCUUGCUCAAGUGCUGCUGGGAAAACAGGCCCCACUCAUUUCAUUACUGCUCAGACAGAUACGUUCCCAUGUGGGAAGUGGGGUUUGUCUCUUCUGCUUCAUGUUCACAGAGAGAAACUGUACAUGUUGGGCUUAAUUUGAAAGCUUGCCCUGCGAAAAAAAAAAAAGAAGAAAAAACUGAAACUUCAGCAGCAAUGCGAUGACUAAUCAGUGCUACCGCACAGACUGAAAGGUUUCCUAAGAAAUAACAUCACAGACAAACUUAUCGUGUCUUUGUGGUUUGUGUUUAUCACAGAAAGAUUUACAGCCAGUUUACAGAGUGUCUUGUAAUCAUUAGCUACUGUUAUAAGGAACAUUUUGACGUCAUGAGAAAUAUCUUAAACAAGAUGAGAGGAAUGAUACCAUUCUUACAUCUGUAAUAUAAAUAUCUAGCUAGAACCAGCAGCCAAAAGGCUUCGCUGGAAAAGACUGAAAAUGAGGAGAAACAGCCUGUCUGUGUCCAAUAGUUACAAAAUAACCAAUAAUUACUUAAAUUAUAUUUUGUUGUAUUUUGUUCUGUACAAGGGGUGUUGUACCAUUACUUGGGUGGGACCAGUUACUAGACUUCAGGAAGUCGUCUGACACAUUGGCUCAUGUGAUUUUUACACUUUUUAGUAGCUACAUUUUUGUGCAGAUUAAACAGUAUAACAUGUUAA